CUCCUCGGCGUUGCCAUUGAACCUCUGAUUACGACCAUCACCACAACAAAUCACUCCACAAUGGCAUAUUUCCGCAUUACACUCCUCCGAUCAGCCAUCGGUCUGCCCAGAAAGACAUCAGGAGUGCUGCACGCGCUCGGCCUCAAGAAGCGCAUGACCACCGUCUACCACCCGGUCUCACAAUCCGUCGCUGGCCAAAUUUUCGCAGUCAAAGAACUCGUCGAUGUCGCAGAAGUCGAAAAGCCACUCACAACGUCGGAGAUGAAGGAAUUAAGGAGACCUGAUCCUGGAUUCUGGGUAGAGAGCAGAGCGAGAGAUGCGAGGGGAGCAAAUUGAAGAGGGAACGGCUCUGAGGGAAGAAUGUUUUGAAGGGGAAAGGAGAACUGCUACGCACGCCGCAAGAUUCGAUGCAGGAACGUGCAUGAU